GUCACUAACCCCACUCUGUUUGUUUCCCAGUAAUAAUUAAUUAAUAGGCUUUGAAGAAAAUCAGAAGCAGAGUUGAGGUUUGUUGUGAUGAAGAAGAAGGUGUUGUUUAUAAUGUUAAUAUUGUUGGCAAGUGCGGUAAAGGGUCAUCGAAUUCUUGUCGAUACAGAUAUGGAUACUGAUGAUUUCUUUGCUCUUUUCUACCUUUUGAAACUUAACACAUCACAAAUGGACUUAAAGGCAAUAACUAUUAGCACAAAUGGAUGGGCUGAUGCAGGGCAUGCUGUAAAUCAAGUGUAUGAUAUGCUUUACAUGAUGGGGCGUGACGAUAUUGCUGUUGGUGUGGGAGGUGAAGGUGGAAUACUUCCCAAUGGUACCAUUCUUCCAAAUGUUGGUGGAUAUCUCCCUAUUAUUGAUCAGGGAAAUGCUACAGCUGGAUAUUGUAGAUACAGACAAGCUAUUCCUGUGGGUCCCGGAGGACGUUUGGACAUCGACUCUAAUUUUGGGUUCAGAAAGAGCUUCCUCCCACAGGGGAAGAGACAUUAUUCACCUCGUCGACAGCCAACAGUGCAGCAAGUAAUGAUCAACACAAUUUCAUCUGGUUCCACAGUGGUUUUUCUCAUCGCAUCACAUACAAAUUUUGCACUAUUUCUCCUAAGUAAUCCACAUUUAAAGAAAAAUGUUGAGCACAUUUACAUAAUGGGAGGUGGUGUAAGGUCAAAGGAUCCUACAGGUUGCUGUCCACAGAAUGUCAGCUCCUCUCGCCAACCUCAGCAAUGUGGUGACAUUGGCAAUUUAUUCACAGAUUACACAAGCAACCCUUAUGCAGAGUUCAAUUUCUUUAUGGAUCCCUUUGCUGCAUAUCAGGUAAUUCAUUCUGGCAUUCCAGUUACUCUUGUCCCAUUGGAUGCCACAAACACCAUUCCAGUAACUGAAAAGUUUAUUGAAACUUUUGAGAAGAAUCAGCACACUUACGAGGCACAAUACUGUUUCAAGUCUCUGAAAAUGGCUCGUGAUACUUGGUUUGAUGACCAAUUCAACACGGGUUAUUUUAUGUGGGACUCCUUUAUGUCUGGUGUAUCUGCUUCAAUCAUGCAGAAACAACACAACCAGCAUGGAGAAAAUGAAUUUGCAGAAAUGGAUUAUAUCAAUAUCACUGUAAUUACUUCAAACAAGCCAUAUGGGAUUUCUGAUGGAUCAAAUCCAAUUUUUGAUGGUCAUAUAUCUCCAAAGUUCAGCGUAGCACGAAAUGAAGCUCACAGCGGCCAUGUUCAGACUAAGCUUCGCGAUCCAUUUUGCAUAGAAAAGAACAGGAGAGGCAGAUGCCAGGAUGGCUAUACAAAAGAAGUUUUUGGUCCAGGAGGAGUGCCUAUUCUUGUUGCUAUAAGAGCAAAACCCAAUCGAAAUGCUAACAGUGAACUGGACAGAGAGUUUUUCGUUAGCUUUCUGGAUGUCAUAAACAAAAGAGAAAACACCGGAAGAUUUAACUUUUCUACGCAAUUUCCUUAUUACAGAGAAGUACUUUACAAACCAGAUUUCAGAGGCAAGCAUCUUGGGAAGAAUGUUGUGUUUGAUAUGGAUAUGAGUGCUGGAGAUUUUCUAGCUCUCUUUUACCUCCUUAAGUUACCAAUAGAAGAAAUUAAUCUGAAGGCUAUAAUUGUGAGUCCAACUGGAUGGGCAAAUGCUGCAACAAUUGAUUCUGUGUAUGAUUUGCUCCAUAUGAUGGGUCGUGAUGACAUUCCUGUGGGCCUUGGAGAUGUUUUUGCAAUGAACCAGUCUGAUCCUAUUUUCUAUGCAGUUGGUGACUGCAAGUACAACAAGGUUAUCCCACAAGGUUGUGGUGGAUUUCUUGACUCCGACACACUUUAUGGUUUAUCUCGUUCUUUGCCUCGAAGUCCUCGGAGAUAUACAUCUGGAAAUUCCAUGAAAUAUGGAGCUCUUAGAGACACUGAUCAUCCGGAACUCAGACAACCUCUAGCACUAGAAGUAUGGGAGUCAGCAGUGAAAUCACUCAAACCAGGAUCUAAGAUUACCAUUUUAACAAAUGGUCCAUUGACUAAUAUAGCAAAGAUCGUUCUUGCAGGCGAGAGUAUGACCAAAACUAUCCAGGAUAUAAUAAUUGUUGGAGGGCACAUGAAUCAUGAUAACACUGAGAAGGGAAAUGUGAUCAACGUUCCUUCUAAUAGAUUCGCGGAACUGAAUAUGUUUCUUGACCCUCUAGCUGCACAGACAGUUUUGAGUUCAGAUCUUAAUAUCACUCUCAUUCCACUUGGCAUUCAGCAGAAAGUCAGUGCCUUUCCUGAAAUUCUUAAAAUGCUUAACCUGACUAAAAGGACACCUGAAGCAAUCUUUGCACGGCGUUUGCUCUCAAGGUUACACCACCUGCAAAAGACACAUCCUAAAUACCAACAUAUGGAUACAUUUCUUGGAGAAAUCCUUGGAGCAGUAGUUUUGGCUGGUGAUUAUUCUGUACUAAAAUCAACAUUUGGUGUCAAGAACAUAAAAGUCACUGCCUCAGGGUACGAAUCUGAAGAUGGACAGAUAGUUAUGGACGAAAAGCAAGGCAAAUCAGUGAAAGUAUUAGAGAAUCUGGAUCCAUUAGCUUAUUAUUACACUUUUGCAAAUCGACUAGGUGACGUAAAACAGUCUGCUAAAGUUGGAAGCUUUGAUCAGCAGAGAAGAAUUUGGAAUACACCAUCCAAUAGAAAGAAAACUGCCCCUUAAUUGCCUUUUCUUCCAAACAAGUUCUUUUUCCUUCUCUCUUUUUGGUUUUUAAGUUUCUUUAGGUGAUUUUUUUUACACUUCUGAUUCUUCAAAACAAUUGCCACUUGCUCAUUAGUAACAAAAUUGUACAUAGAGUUAAACAGUAGAAGUGGUUAUAAUAGGAAGGAAAUAAAGGAAACAUUAUUUUACUCC